AGGAGUUGGAGCAGAAACGUCCAUUGCUUCAUCUGGAAACGCAAAACCUAAGUUUUCCAGAUGAUUUUCCUGCGACAGUCGUAACCAAACCAUAUGUACGUGCGCGUACGUGUAAUUGUGGUAAGCUCCGCAGUUCGUGGGAGAUUUUCAGAGUUAGGUAAGGGCGAAUGUCGAAUUUUCUUACUGUGGGACGGAGAUGCGCGUGUCAGGAGACCGCGGGAAAAUGAAUAAUGACGAAGCAGCCAGGAAGUGAAAAAUGAUCGAAGCAAAAUGAGGAGGACAUAUAACACUGUAGCAGAUGUCCGAACGACCGAUUGCCUCGAACAAACAAGACGUUUGCACAAGGGUAUAACAGAUAUUGCCAAAAGAUUGGAUGAGCAAAAGAGCCAUGCAUUAACAGUAACAGACUUGUUUACUCCUUCAGGGGAAACCCUGCGGGUAAAGCUUAAAGAUUAUUGUGUAAGAUUAAUAACUAAAGAUCCUGUUGGAUAUGCACGUAAAACAGACGAGUUGUUAUGGAGGAAAGCAUUUUAUGACAUUGUCUAUGCUUCUAAAAAGUUACGAAAGGGUAAUGUAUGGACUGAAACAGAAAAAGCAAUGUUGUCUGUCCAUUUGGCAGUAGGGGUUGGAUUUUACCAUCACUUAAUAUUGAAGUUACAACUAGAAUAUGGUUUAAAUCUAGUUGGUACUAUUGAUUUUGCAUUUACACAAAAUGUAACUGGGUUAUCAAGUGCAAAGAGUAAGACAAGUCAAUCUAAACAUCACACCGAAGAAGUGAAACUGUGUGUUAUUCGUUUAAUUCAUAGAAGUUUGGUAUGCCUUGGGGAUUUAGCUAGAUAUAAAUUAGAAUUAGAUCCAUAUUGGGAUCCAAUGAUAGCAAAAAGGUAUUAUAAAAUGGCUAUUGCAAUUGAUCCAAACAUUGGAAUGCCACACAAUCAAUUGGGCACUGUAGCAGGCAAUAUAAAUUAUGGACUUGAUGCAGUGUACCACUACAUAAGAUGCGUUUUAUGUGCUGAACCAUUCGAAGGAGCAGAAGGAAAUUUAAGAAGAGCCAUUGUUACACAUUCUAUUUGUGCAGAUGAAAAGUGUCCUAUACAUAUGUGUGUAUCAAGGUUAUUUUCUCUGCUACAAUUAUGGGAUUUUGAUGUUCCAAAUUCUGAUCGAAUAAAUCAAGAAUGUCAGGAUCUUCUAACUAAUAUUGAAACUUGCUUGAGCAUAGAGCAAUCUGAGCCAAAUAAGACAAAUUACAAUGAAAAGGAAAGCAAUAUCGAAGUGUAUCUUCAAAACUGUAAAAAUGAACGAACGAAUUACUUGACAGACGACAUGAUAUUCAAAAUUGUGGCUAUAUGUCUAAUGUCCAUUUCAAGAUUAAAAGGCAAAGAAUCUAGCGAGGUGCAAGGUGUUGUUGCUAUAACCUUGGCAAUAUUAUCACAACUGAUACAAUUUACAAUAAGUAGAUUACAAGAAUCUUUUAUAGAUUUACCACUACCAAACAUAGAGAAUGAUUCUAAUAACGAAUCUGUGGAUAUUGGAGAAAAGGGUGUUGAAAAACAAUCCAAUUCAAAUGAAAACAACCAAUCCAAGAUUCAAAAUGACAACAAAAUAUCUUCUGAAAAGGAAAACGCGGAAAACAACGGAGAUAUUCAAAAUGGUACAAAAAAAGUUCGCGACAAAACGAAAAGUUUGCUUACGAAGCUUCGACGACGCAAACGAAGAAAUAGCAGUGAUUCAGACGUGAGUGACAUCGAUCACACAACUAUGGAAUCUUCUAGUGACGAGAUAAAUUCCGAUAUUUCUGAAACAGAAGACGAUAUGUUGAGCGAAGAAAAUGUUUUGUCGGAGGAUGCAUUGUCUGAAGAUAUUACAGACGAUGAGGGUGCAUCUGUCCAAAUAAACCAAAAUAUAGGUGAGGAUUCUGAACUGAAGAAAAUAAACGGACACGUGGAGAAGGAAAUAAAAAGUGAGGUACCCGAGACGAUCAACAACCAUGUUCAAAAUGGCGACGAUCAAGUAGAUAAGAAGCUCACUGAUAAGGACGCGAUAACUAAUUCUGGAAGUACGGUAACGACCAAUUCCAAUAGCACGUUUGAUGAAAAUAGCGUAUCAGCGGAUAGAGUGACGUACAUUGCUCAAUUAAAGAAACAAAAUGUAAAGCCAGAGGACGUACUAAACAUCAUAAUUGGAAAGGAAAUACUUGCGUCAAUUAAAAUAUGUUGCGACUGGUUGAAAAGUAAACCAGAUAUAAUACGAAUAUGUGGAAAGAGUUCACGAAUUUUAUUGAAACGCGUUACCAUUUUAUUAAAUUUGAUCAAUAUAAAUACGGAAAUGUUGUUGCAAAAUUGCAAGGAUGACAGUAUGAUUUUAUCGAGUGUAGAUAAGUUGAAAGAAUGCGUUAAAGUAGUUCCAUUACCGGAAGAUAUUGACUUAAGAGGACUGAAUCUUUUGGAAGAUGCCCAAAAGUCUCUUAAUUGGAAAAUAUUGCAUAAGCAUAAAAUGAACAAGCGAGAAGAAACCCUGUUGAGGGUCUUAAAGUUGGUUGAGUUUGGCCAUUUCCUCAGUUCCGUUGAGGAUGCUGGAGUAAAGUAUGACCAGGUGAAACAAUUGUUUGUGACAAUUGACCUGAAUACUUCUAAUGCAAAGGAUAAUGGUAAAGAUUGGGAAACGGAACAUUCGCGUGGAAAAUUGAUGAGACAUAUGGGAAAAUUAUGGUUGAAGGCAGAAGUAUGCGCUCUGGAAACUCGUUUAAGAUCCAGACUUAUGUCUCCUUACUUGGUACCUGAUCAUGAGGCUUUAUCUAAGCAUACACCAGCUCUGAAACGUCUAGUGUACGCUAAAAAAUUUAUUGUUGUAAUUCCUAGUGUUGUUGUUUCCGCAUUGGAUGAAGUAAAACGUAUUAGUGGUCGAGCACGAGAGGCGACACGUUGGUUAGAAACUCAGUUGAAACGUGGUUCGAGAUUUUUAAGAGCUCAAAGACCUCAUGAGCGUCUAACCCUACCGUUCAUCAAAGGACCAAGACCAAAGGAUAAAGAAGCAUGGUUAUUCUUCCAAAUUAUAGAGUGUUGUCACUAUCUUACUCAACAGACGAAAGUUGGCAUGACAAAUGAUACAGAUGCACCAGUUGUAACGUUACUAACUGGUUGCAGUCCAGAUGAUAAGAGAGUCCUCACUUUUAGCCCUGAGGGAUUAGCAAAGAGUGCAGGUGUCAAUAUGGAAUACAUUGAGUCAUUUCACACAAAGUGGAAGGCAUCGAGUAAAAGUCAUGGUUGAACAUAUUGGGCUAAUGGAGAUGAUCAUCUGCUGCUUCCUCCUACUGAAGUGAAAGUAAAAAAAAGACUUGGCCCUUCUUGAGAGCUGCGAACAUGGCGAGCUACGGCAUCAGCUGAGUGGGCGAGUCAGA